AGUGCUACUAUGGGAAGCACAGGGGCAGCUAGAGCGAUGCCGGUGCAGGAGCUUGCUGGAGCCCUUGGCACACCCGACGUGCCGGCACCGUACGUUGUGCGCACGCACAAGGACCAACAGCUUGCCGCGGCGGUUGUAGCGCCGGUCCCUGUCAUCGACCACGGCCGCCUUCUAAGGAAGGACCACAGCGCCGACGAAACCGCGAAGCUCCGGUCAGCGAUCGAGUCCUGGGGCCUCUUCAUGGUCAGUAACCACGGCGUAGACGCCGCCGUGAUAGAGAGCAUGAGAGCCGCGUCGAGGGAGUUUUUCCGGCAGCCACUCGAAGAGAAGCAAAGAUACAGUAAUCUAAUCUGCGACGAGCAGUUCCAGUCCGAGGGAUACGGGAACGACCGGGUGAGCUCGCCGGACCAGACCCGGGACUGGACCGACCGCCUCUACCUCAAGGUGCAGCCCGAGGACGAGCGGCGCAUCGCCCUCUGGCCAGCGCAUCCCGAAAACUUCAGGGAUGUUCUCCACCAGUUCACGAAGAAAUGUGGACAAUUGAAAAACGAUCUGCUCCGGGCAAUGGCGAAGCUGGUGGGGCUUGACGACGAGAACUACUUCGUGGACCAACUUGGGGAGAAGGCCCUUACAAAUGCUAGAUGCAGCUACUAUCCCGAGUGUCCAAGGCCGGAGCUCGUGUUUGGCCUCAAGCCCCACACUGAUGGUACCGUUGUUACUGUCCUCAUGGUCGACGACCACGUCGGUGGCCUGCAAGUUCUCAGAGAUGGAGUUUGGUGGGACGUACCAAUCGUACCUCACACACUGCUGAUCCUUAUAGGAGAUCAAAUAGAGAUAAUGAGCAAUGGGAUAUUUAAGAGCCCUGUGCAUAGGGUCAUCACAAAUGCAAAGAAAGAGAGGCUAUCAGUGGCUCUAGACUACUCUGUUGAUCCUGAGAGAGAAAUCGAGCCAUCGCCUCAAUUGAUCGAUGAGAAGAGACCGGCAUUUUACAGAAAAGUGAAGGUCAAGGACUACAUUGCCACUUAUUACAAUCAUUUUUUUCAAGGGGGAAUGGUUAUAGAUACGAUUAAGCUAUAACUAAG